AUGGCAGCCGAUUCCUCGGAGAAGAAAGAUGUUGACUCCUCAGGGACCAAAGACAGAGAGAAGAAACGCAGCCGUUCACGGGAAAGGGACCGGAAACCAUCACCACCUCGCAAACGCCGUCGAUCCCGUGAACGUAAUCGCUCUAAAUCUGUAGAAAGAGACCGCCGUUUAAAAGACAGGGAAAAGGAACGUGACAGAGAAAAGGACCGAGACAGAAGCCGUAAGGACAGUCAUCGGCGUGAUAAAGACCGCAGCCGUCGCUCUAGUAUUUCACCCAAGUCGAAGGAUGUCAAGAUAAAGAGCGAGAAGGAAAUCAAAACAGAGGAAGAAGAAGAUGACAAAAAGAAAAAAGAAAAGGUGCAGCCUUUAUCUUUGGAGGAACUCCUUGCCAAGAAAAAGGCAGAGGAAGAAGCAGAGGCAAAGCCAAAAUUCCUAUCAAAAGCAGAGAGAGAAGCAGAAGCUCUGAAGCGGCGGGAGCAAGAGAUCGAGGAGAAAAGAAAGACAACGGACGAGGAGAGAAGGAAGAGAAGAGUUUUUCAAGACAUUGGAAGAAAAAUGCUUGAGGAUCCACAAGAUAGGGAGAGGCGGGAACGAAGAGAGAGGAUUGAGCGAGAAAGCAAUGGAAACGAGGAGGAUGAUGGGAGGCAAAAAAUACGAGAGGAAAAAGACAAAGGCAAAGAACUUCAGGCCAUCAAGGAACGUUACUUGGGUGGAAUGAAGAAACGCCGCCGGACGCGUCACCUGAACGACAGGAAAUUUGUUUUUGAGUGGGAUGCUUCUGAAGACACGUCAGUUGACUACAACCCCAUAUACAAAGAAAAACAUUCGGUGCAACUGUAUGGACGUGGCUUCAUUGCCGGCAUAGACCUCAAACAACAGAAAAGAGAGCAGUCACGAUUUUACGGUGACCUGAUGGAAAAAAGGCGCACAAUGGAGGAGAAGGAGCAAGAAGAGACGAGACUGAAGAAGAUGCGUAAAAAAGAAGCCAAGCAGCGCUGGGACGACCGGCACUGGUCUCAGAAGAAGCUGGAUGAGAUGACAGACAGAGACUGGAGAAUCUUUCGUGAAGACUACAGUAUCACCACAAAGGGAGGAAAGAUUCCCAAUCCCAUCAGGAACUGGAAGGAGUACCAGCUGCCAGCUCAUAUACUUGAGGUCAUCGACAAAUGCGGCUACAAGGAUCCAACCCCCAUUCAGAGGCAGGCUAUUCCUAUUGGCUUGCAGAACCGUGACAUCAUCGGCGUGGCUGAGACAGGUAGCGGUAAAACCGCUGCUUUCCUCAUCCCGCUGCUCGUCUGGAUCACCACCCUUCCAAAAAUUGACAGGAUUGAGGACUCGGACCAAGGGCCUUACGCCGUCAUCCUGGCCCCGACCCGUGAGUUGGCGCAGCAGAUUGAAGAGGAAACCAUCAAGUUUGGUAAACCACUCGGUAUCCGCACUGUGGCUGUUAUUGGAGGAAUCUCCAGAGAGGACCAGGGCUUCCGUCUCAGGAUGGGCUGUGAAAUUGUUAUCGCCACCCCCGGUCGUCUAAUUGACGUACUGGAGAAUCGCUACCUCGUCCUGGGGCGCUGCACCUACGUGGUCCUGGAUGAAGCCGAUCGUAUGAUUGAUAUGGGUUUCGAGCCAGACGUCCAAAAGAUUCUGGAGUACAUCCCGGUGACCAAUCAGAAACCUGACACAGAAGAGGCCGAGGACCCUGAGAAAAUGACGUUGAAUUUUGAGUCCGGGAAACAUAAGUACAGACAAACGGUCAUGUUCACAGCAACUAUGCCUCCGGCUGUGGAGAGGCUAGCAAGGAGCUACCUGAGACGCGCCGCCGUGGUGUACAUCGGGUCUGCGGGCAAACCUCACGAGAGAGUCGAACAGAAAGUGCUGCUCAUGUCGGAGGGAGAGAAAAGGAAGAAGCUAUUGGAAGUGUUGGCGCAUGGUUUCGAGCCCCCCAUCAUUAUUUUUGUCAACCAAAAGAAGGGCUGCGACGUGCUGGCUAAGUCUUUGGAGAAAAUGGGCUAUAACGCUUGCACACUGCACGGUGGCAAAGGUCAGGAGCAGAGAGAGUUUGCCCUCUCCAACCUUAAGGCAGGCGCCAAAGACAUUCUGGUGGCAACAGACGUGGCCGGUCGAGGUAUCGACAUCCAGGACGUGUCCAUGGUCAUCAACUACGACAUGGCCAAGAACAUUGAGGAUUACAUCCAUCGUAUUGGCCGUACCGGUCGUGCCGGCAAGAGUGGCGUGGCCAUGACUUUCCUCACCAAGGAGGACUCUGCUGUCUUCUAUGACUUGAAGCAGGCCAUCCUAGAGAGCCCGGUGUCCACAUGCCCACCAGAGUUGGCUAACCACCCAGAUGCACAACACAAACCUGGAACAAUCUUGACCAAGAAGAGGCGAGAGGAGACAAUCUUUGCCUAA